AGGCGUGGGUUUGCUUGACCGAGCUAAAUUUAUCUGGAUGGGGAAGGCAAGGGAUAGAAAAGUGCGCGACGCAAAGUCGUAAUGCUAGGCUAGUGUUUUCCUGACUAGCAAGGUCAUUGUCCUGCUAGAAGUCACAAGAGCCUUGUUCAGUCAUAGAAAGUACCUUCCCUUAUGAAAUUGCAUUCAUUCGAUGUCUAUAUAUAGGUAUCCUAUCUUGUCUAACCUCUUUCCCACAUAACGCCAGGAUUUUAUUGGCAUGGGAAAGUGAAGUGAUCCCAUUAUAUUUCCGUUCAUUUAACAACAGCAGUAGGUAGUCAACAUGGAAACCGAAACCAAAACCGAAACCGAAACCGAAACCCAAGUCCCCAAACUCCGGGUAGCUAUAAUCGGCGCUGGCAUCGCGGGAUGCUGUCUAACUAUCGGGCUCUCCCGAAACCCGUUACUUGAUGUACAUCUCUACGAGGCCUAUCCAGAUGUUGGCGUUCGCGGAGCAGGCAUUGCCCUUCACGGAAAUGCCAUCAAAGCAAUGGACUUAAUCUCACCCGAGAUCAAGAAGGCGUACUUCAAAAAGUCCCAUUUCAUGGCCAACGAGGAAGACACAGAGAUGGCAACCCAGAUCAUCGUCGGAAGCGGGCAGAAUGCUGGAACGCUUGUGGCAGAACUGGGCAGAGCAAAAGGAAGACGGACCAUUCAUAGGGCACAUUUUAUCCAGGGCCUUCUCGAGGACAUCAUCCCUGAACACCGUGUUCAUUUUGGAAAACGCGCGGUGGGCAUGGAAGAGAAUAGAAACAUAGGCACUAAUACGCCUAAGGUCGCCGUCACCUUCGCAGACUCCACGGCUGAGGAAUUCGACUUGGUAUUUGGCGCCGACGGUGCUAAGAGUGUUACUAGAAAAUUCAUCCUGGGCCCUGAUCAUCCGACGGCGGAAGCGGUCAAUCAUGAUAGCUGGCAUUGCUUCAAUACCCUUGUCCCAAUGAGAGAAGCAGAAGAGGUGGUUCCCAAGGAGUCAAUCGAGAAGGUUCGAAUGUUCUGUACGCCCAUCGGGUAUGUCAACGGCCUCCCUGUGGAUCUAGGAAAGACAUACAGCAUCUCCUGCUACCAGAGGGAUAGCAAACGAAGUAACUGCGAGAGAGCUGGUUUUGAUGCAGACGAAUGGAAGAAUUUCUGCCCUGAAGUCACCUCGCUAGUAUCGCUUCUCGAAAAACACCCAAACAAGCAUUGGGAAAUAUGGGAUCAUGACCACGCAUCUACCUAUUACCGCGGCCACGUUGCUAUAGUUGGCGACGCGGCACACGCCACGGCUCCUCACGCCGGGAACGGCGCCGCUCAAGCCAUCGAGGAUGCGGCGGUACUCGCCGGAGUGUUUGCCGCGGUCAAGUCGAAAGACGACAUCGACGCAGCUUUGCACGCUUUCGACCACGUUCGUAGACCACGAAGCCAGAAGGUAGUUGAUAUCACGAGGCAGUUCGGAAGGCUUUACAGUCUAGACGAUGGGGAGAGAGAUAUCCAGAGCAUGAAAAGCCAAAUGAGGGAGGGCGGCAUGUAUACGAAUGAAGUCGACAUGAAUGACCAUGUUGGAGCUGCGGUUUAUGAAUUUAAGGCCUGGUUUGAUGCGGAUAUUUGAUUCUUACAUCUGGGUAC